AUGGAUUCUCAGCCUAGGAUACCCCAGGGAUGCAAAUACAUGUAUCAGCCUAUGACCCCUGUGGAACAGCUUCCAAGCACUGAGAUUCCUGCCAGGCCUCGGGAACCCACAAACACCAUUCAGAUCUCAGUCUCGCUCACUGAACACUUUUUGAAAUUUGCGUCUGUCUUCCAGCCUCCCCUUCCCCCUGACUCACCAAGGUACUGUAUGAUUUCAGACCUCUUUAUUGACAACUAUCAGGUUAAAUGUAUUAAUGGGAAGAUGUGUUAUGUGCAGAAGCAGCCGGCGCCGCAUUCCCACAAAAUGAGCCCUGAGGAGGUCUCUGCACACGAUGCCUUAAUUUCAAAAGAGAGCAAUACACCAAAAAUAGAUCACUGCUCUUCUCCCUCAAGUUCUGAGGACUCUGGGAUCAAUGCGAUCGGGGCUCACUAUGUGGAAUCGUGUGACGAGGACACAGAAGAAGGAGCAGAGCUGAGUUCAGAGGAAGAUUACAGUCCAGAGAGCAGCUGGGAACCGGAUGAGUGCACCCUUCUCUCCCCCUCACAGUCUGACCUGGAAGUGAUUGAAACAAUAGAAACGACCGUGUGAGAGUCCAGACAGGAAGCCGCAGCCUCGGACCCACGCCGAGCUUUUGUACCUUUGUCUGGUGGAUCCUUUUUUCCAAUGCUGUUGAUAUUUUUUACCCACGCAUCCCCCCCAACCAACAACCGUAGCAGUUCAGUGGUAUGCUGAUUAGCUUCUCUCCGUCUUACAACUAAGACAUUCUUUUUAUUAUAAACGGUUUUCU